CUCCUUUUCUGAUAUAAGGUGUGCGCAAAGUCUGCCACCGGCCUAUAGAUAGUUGCUGCUGCUGCAUUCAAACAUGAGACUGGCGUUGGCACUUUUGAUGUUGGCCGGGUGCGCCCUGGCACAGCAGCAGCAGCGCUACCAGCAGGAGUACGACUACGCCGACUACGCCGAGCAACAGGCCGCCCCCCGCCCCGCCCCCAGGGCCGUUGGCAAGCCCUUCCAGGCUCAAGCUACUGAGGCUCCCAAACCCACCGUCGUGCCCAUCCUUAAGCAGAUCAACAAGCACAACGAUGACGGUUCCUACACCUACGGUUUCGAAGCGGCCGACGGCACGUUCAAGAUCGAAACCAAACAGGCCGACGGCACCGUGAAGGGCAAGUACGGCUUCGUCGAUGACACCGGCAAGGUGCGCACCGUCGUGUACGGUGCCGACAAGUACGGCUUCCAGCCGUCCGGCGAGGGCAUCACCGUCGCGCCACCCACCCUGGUCGACGAGACCCGCACCGAGGAGUACCCUGAGGAGGCAGCAGUGCGUCAAAUCAGGCCCAAGAAGCCCAAGAACAGACCUCCCCAGCAGCAGUUCCAGCAGCAGCCCCAGCAGCAGUAUCAGCAGCAGCCCCAGCAGAUUUACGCCUCCGCCCCCGUCGCCCCCCAGCAGCCGAGCUACCAGCAGAAUAUCAACUACGCCCAGCAGCAGCAGCAACAGCCGCAGUACCAGGUGAUCGAGCAGCAUGAAGUUCCCCGCGUGGCCGCCCCCGUGCCCCCUCGCCGCGUGCAGGUGGCCGGUGCCGCCCCCCUGCCUCCUAGGGCCCAGAUCCCUGGUGCCGCUCCCGCCGGCCGUCUGUCCCAGGAUUCGCCUCGUGCUGGUCCCGCCGCCGCCCCCCGCCGCGCGCAGCCCGCUCCCCAGCAGUACUACCAGCCGCAGACCGGCCCCGUGCAGUUCCAGCAGGCCGCCCCCGCCGCCCCCGCUCCCGCCCGCCGCAUCCAGGUGGCCGGUGCCGCGCCAGCUCCGCAGCCCCAGCAGUACUUCCAGCCGGCGCCGCAGUUCCAGCAGGCCGCCCCCGCUCCCGCUCAGUACCAGGCCCCCGCUCGCGCCAGGGCCGUGCCCGCCCCCGCACAAGGUGGCAGCGUGCUUGAUCAGCUGGCCAAGCAGUACGCCCUGCCUCAGGGUGGACAUGCCCUGCACGACAUCACCUUUAGUGGCUUCUAAAGCAGGGACUUGGUGGGCUAGAACUGUAGCAGCGAAACCUAAUUAAGUGUGCCAAUGCCGAACUCCAUCGCAGCCUCCGUCAAAUCAAGAGCAUCUCAUCGCCACUCCUCCCCCGCGCCCGACGCUGCGUGCACCGCGCUCACUCCGGCCUGCACUUGUGUGAAUGCUGAGAAUACACGCUACUAUUAUUAGUUGAUAAUUUUAUUUGUUUAGUCCAAAUGUACAUGAGAAUAAACGGAUUUUCUAAUUUAA